AUGGUUGUCUUGAUCGGUGCAUUCUCGAUGGUCAACGGAAAACUUUCUUGCAAAUUCGACGACGGCAUAUCAUUGUUUUUAAUCUGUUCCCCCGGUGAAGAUGAUUACAAUCUCAACAGAGGGUUCGUUUCCGACAACAAUGAAACCUAUAGCAUAAACCUUAAGGCAUGCAGAAUAUCAGGAGUGAGCAACGAUUGCUUCCACGGACUUCCGUCUUUAGUUACUCUCGAUAUUUCGUUAAAUAAAAUCAAAACGCUACCAUUGGGAAUAUUUGAUGAUUUAAUCAAAUUGAGGUACCUGAAUAUAUCUCAUAAUUUAAUCACGGACUUUCCCGCCGGCCUUUUGACUCGUAUCCCAAAUCUGCUUGAGCUCGACUUGACUGGAAAUAAUUUGAAGACUCUAAAUCCGGGCGCUUUCAAUAAAAUAAGCAUGCUGUUUCUGGCGAAGAAUGCGUUUCAAGGGAAUGGAAUGGGACCAGACGUAUUCCAGUCCAGUGAUAUAAAUUUCAUGAUACUCGCCAACAACAAUAUGGAGGGCGCACCUGACAGUUUGCUACGGACGUUGAGAGAACUGGUGUACUUGAAUCUGGAAGAGUGCUCUCUUACGGAACUACCCAAGUUCAUCGCAGCGCAGAAUUUGAAUACUCUAACCCAUCUCACUCUCAAUGGGAACAAAAUACGUGAGAUUAGUGACGCAACCGUGUUUCGUCACCUCAAAGAGUUGACAGUGUUGAACGUGGCGAAGAAUUUAAUUGAGAAAAUAAAUGACGACGCUUUCGCGUCGCUAAAGAAGUUGGAAGUCAUCGAUUUGAGUGCGAACAGAUUGAGUACGAUUGCGGAGAAUCAGUUUCAGAAUACACCAAAGUUGAACUUCAUUAAUUUGUCACAUAAUUUAAUAACAAAAUUACCAGUGAACGCCUUUAGGGGUACUAAGCUGAGUGAAUUGCAUUUGUCGGAUAACAGAAUAACUUAUUUGCAAGACAACUUUUGCCUGGAGCUGAAGAACUCUGGAGCUGUGCUGAUGGAGUUCUAUUUCGAUAGGAAUCCGUGGCAAUGUGCUUGUCUCAAACAAUUAUUACGGGAGGUGAAAUCUAUGAAUGUAAAAUACGACACCACUAAUUACGAUGGCAAGCGUCCGGUUUGUGUUACAACUUCCCUGUUCGUGUGCAGGAGGCAGGACGAUGAUAACAAAUUAUUUAUAGACAUGUAUGAUGGUGUU